GUGGCGGUGUUCGGAGGUGACUCAACGCCGAGAUGCCCCUGCGGAAAUGGCCGCGAGUACCGGAAGUCCAGCCGGAAUAUCGCGGGAGGACCUCGACUGUAAUAUUAUUUAUUAUCGCCAUCCUGCUGCACGUGUCCUUUGGGCCAUUACUGAUAGAAGGAAGACAGAGCGGCCACAGGUCCUGUCCCGGCUGUCCCCAGCAGCAUCAUCACUCAGCAUCCUUCUCGGCGUCCUCGUCGUCAUCCUCGUCCUCCACUUCAGGAUCCACCUCUUCGCUUUAUCCCGGUGUCAAGGACGCCCCGAGUCCUGAUGACCUCAGACUCGAAGCCAUCAAGCAUCAGAUCCUCACCAAGUUGGGUCUCAGGAGUAGGCCCGACGUGAACCGCACCCUGGCCUCUGUGCCGAGAUACCUCGCGCUAGAGACCUUAUACAGGGCAGAGGCUCAGCCGCCACUUCCAAGAUCAUCGUCAGGACGUAAUCGAGCACCUCACCAGGAUGAGGAUUACUCCCCCACCGAGAGGACAACCACACAGGGACCCACUAGCACACCGUAUUAUACUUAUCAGCGUGCAUCAUCAUCGUCAUACUCGUCCUCGUCGUCAUCCUCCCAGGAUUUUCAUGAAGCUCAGGACGACGUUGAUGACUUUUACGCGAGAACCUCGGAGAUCAUCACCUUUGCCGAACCCGGGAGAACACUGAAUGGUCAACCUCUUCUCGAAUUUCCCAUGUCAAGCGGCGAGCCAGCCCUAGAGCCCUUGCGAAUAAAACGUGCCACUCUCUGGGCGAGGGUUGAGCUGAGGCACAGUCAUCAUUAUCAACAUCAUCGAACAGGGCAGAACAAUCAAAGAAACAUCACGCUUUGGGUCUUCAGGGUGAGAUGCGGUAAUACAACGCAUCUCCGCGGCAAGGAAUUGGGCCAUCACCUGGAGAUGGCCACGUCGCUUGCUGUGAAUGUGGCGCAGCUCGGCUGGCAGAAAUUCGACGUUACCAGGGUAGUCAGUGGCUGGUACACGGCUACUUCGAACUCACCCAAAGACAAGCUGACUCUUCUUGUCGAUUGUACUGGAUGUGGGAUGCAUGUGCAUGUAUCGACAUUCGAAGGACAAGCGCCACACGUGAUAGACGCGUCGACUAACAAAAGAGUCACAGAAGAUCCUGACAGACCCUUCCUGGUCGUGAGGACAGAUCCAGCAGCAGUGAAACGUGUCAGAAGACGAGCAGUCGAGUGUAGUGGCGCCAUUAAGGGUCAAUGCUGCAAGCAGCGCUUCUACGUCAGUUUCUCGCAACUCGGAUGGGACGAUUGGAUAAUAGCGCCGCAAGGGUAUUACGCCAAUUACUGCAGGGGUGACUGCGCAGCAGGUCACAGGACGCCGGACACCUUUCUCAAUUACUACACCCACGUGAUCGAGGAGUACAGGAAGAUGGACAGGCUCGCAGGGAUGCAGCCGUGUUGUGCUCCCUUGAAAUUCUCUCCGAUGUCCCUCAUCUAUUAUGGACCGGAUUCCAAUAUCAUCAAGAGAGACCUGCCGAAAAUGGUAGUGGAUGAGUGUGGCUGUCCCUAAUGAAUGUUCGAGAAACAUGUACACGCGAAUUGAACGCCCUGCGCGCUACAGCGAGAUACACCGUAAACUAAGCAUGCGAAAAACACCAGUAAGCAUGUAUCAAAUCGGAUAUACGUAAUCGAAAGAGGGGUGUGUAUCUCCCUGAUUAUUUCUAUUUCACGGCUUGCGGGUGGGGGGAGGGGAGGGGGGAGUAGCACUGUAACGGCUUAUCCCUUGAAAAAGGUUAGAAGUUAUAAACUAACCCAACCUAACCUAAAAGCUAGUUAAAUGCAAUAUGAAAUUAGAGCCAUGGGCUCGUGUAUUGCGUGAUUCUAGUGUCGAUGGAGGUAGGGAAGGGAGGUGUCAGGAGAGGGGAGCUUCUACAAGAGGCGCGAAAAUUAAAAAAUAAGAGAUCGACACCUGAACGUUCUAUCGAUGUUCCACGAACGUCCCGCGGAUGAUGCUAUUUCGUUAUGAAAUGACGCGUUGCGAAUGCCGGACACGUUAGGUCACUUUCUAGAAUAUGCUGUCGUCCGUGCGCGAGUUUUUGUUCUUGUUUCUUGUUUGGUAUUUUUUGUUUGUUUUUCCGAGGUUCCUGUCAAAACCGCCAGGUAGCCGCGUGGACAAAAUGAUGGCGCUCGUAAACUGUGUCUGGACUUAUAGAAGACCGUUAUAUAAUAUUAUUACGUGUCAAAUCGCGUCGCGAGCGGCAAGGUGUUUUUGAGAAGAAACUUAGCUAGGAUAAAAAAUUUGUGCGGUUUAUCGAGUCGCCCACUAUAUACGAUGUUAAUUCGUAUUAUUGUUAUUAUUAGUUAAUAGCUAGUUAUCAUCAUGAUUAUUAUGUCGAUUAUUCGACAUUGUCACUGUCGUGGGUGAGCGUGAUCGUGACGAUUUCUACAAAUAAAAACGAUUGUACCAAAAUUCUUAUCCGUGAGUCUGUUUUUUGGGUAAGAAUGUCCACGCGAGGUGCGAGCUUGUCAAUGCAAGAUAACCAUACGGAUACGUAGUAAAAUUUAAAUAAAUAACUGCAAAAGAAUUCAAAUGGAUUAUUAGAAUAGAAAUUUGGGAAAAUAGGGGUGUGUAUUGAAAUGAUGGCGGCGGAUGCGUGUGAGCAUUGAAAUGUCAAACGUAAAAAUAAAAUGAAUGACUGAGUGUGUGAGAAAGAGAGCGAGAGAGCGAGAGAGAGAGAGAGAGAGAGAGAGAGAGAGAGAGAGAGAGAGAG